UCUGCCCUGCUCAGUGAAUGGAGAGAGCGAGCGCCGGCCAGCUCACCCGGCCGCCCCGUGCCCCAGCUGCCGCCGCCGCGAGCUCAGCCCCAAGUCGGACCUCCUCAGGCGCCCUGCCCCACUGCGCUCGCCUCCAGGUCUUCGACCCGGCCGACGCCCCGGGCCGCGGGCCAGUGGGCCCAGGAGGCUCUCGGUACCUGGGCACUCCGAGCGAUGCGCAGCGGGGCAGCUCCAGCCCCGCGGAUGGAGCUGCAGCUGCUACCGCCGCCGCCGCUCGGCGCGCCCCGCUCCGCCCGCGCCCCGUGCGCUUGAGCGCUGAGCUCGCUCCUCCUCCGCGCCAACUCCGCCGCCCGCUCCCCAGGCCGCUUGGGUUCCGCGCGCGCUUCCCUGGGCUCCAAGCGUCUUGCCCCGCCGAGGUAGCCUCCUCUGGGCGCGCGCCCCUGAGCACCAUGGCCCCCGGGCGGACAGGGGCCGGCGCCGCCGUGCGCGCCCGCCUGGCGCUGGCCUUGGCGCUGGCGAGCGUCCUGAGCGGGCCCCCAGCCGCCGCCUGCCCCACCAAGUGUACCUGCUCCGCCGCCAGCGUGGACUGCCACGGGCUGGGCCUCCGGGCGGUUCCCCGGGGCAUACCCCGCAACGCCGAGCGCCUUGACCUGGACAGAAAUAAUAUUACCAGGAUCACCAAGAUGGACUUCACUGGACUCAAGAACCUCCGAGUCUUGCAUCUGGAAGACAACCAGGUCAGCGUCAUCGAGAGAGGCGCCUUCCAGGAUCUGAAGCAGCUGGAGCGAUUGCGCCUGAACAAGAAUAAGCUCCAGGUCCUCCCAGAAUUGCUUUUCCAGAGCACGCCGAAGCUCACCAGACUAGAUCUGAGCGAAAACCAGAUCCUGGGGAUCCCUAGGAAGGCGUUCCGUGGCAUCGCCAACGUGAAGAACUUGCAACUGGACAACAACCACAUCAGCUGCAUUGAAGAUGGAGCCUUCCGAGCGCUGCGCGAUUUGGAGAUCCUCACCCUCAACAACAACAACAUUAGCCGCAUCCUGGUCACGAGCUUCAACCACAUGCCGAAGAUUCGAACUCUCCGCCUCCACUCCAACCACCUGUACUGUGACUGCCACCUGGCCUGGCUCUCGGAUUGGCUGCGACAGCGGCGGACAAUUGGCCAGUUCACACUCUGCAUGGCUCCUGUGCACCUGAGGGGCUUCAAUGUGGCGGAUGUGCAGAAGAAGGAGUACGUAUGCCCAGGCCCGCACUCAGAACCUCCAUCCUGCAACGCCAACUCCAUCUCCUGCCCCUCGGCCUGCACUUGCAGUAAUAACAUCGUGGACUGUCGAGGGAAGGGCUUGACUGAGAUCCCCGCCAACUUGCCAGAGGGCAUCAUCGAAAUACGCCUGGAACAGAACUCCAUCAAAUCCAUCCCUGCUGGAGCCUUCACCCAGUACAAGAAACUGAAGCGAAUAGACAUCAGCAAGAAUCAGAUAUCGGACAUUGCUCCAGAUGCCUUCCAGGGUCUGAAAUCACUCACGUCACUGGUGCUCUAUGGGAACAAGAUCACCGAGCUUGCCAAGGGACUGUUUGAUGGGCUGGUGUCCCUGCAGCUGCUCCUCCUCAAUGCCAACAAGAUCAACUGCCUGCGCGUGAACACGUUUCAGGACCUGCAGAACCUCAGCCUCCUCUCCCUGUACGACAACAAGCUGCAAACCAUCAGCAAGGGACUCUUUGCACCCCUGCAGGCCAUCCAGACCCUCCACUUAGCCCAAAACCCAUUUGUGUGUGACUGCCACUUGAAGUGGCUGGCCGACUACCUGCAGGACAAUCCCAUCGAGACGAGCGGGGCCCGCUGCAGCAGCCCACGCCGGCUGGCCAACAAGCGCAUCGGCCAGGUCAAGAGCAAGAAGUUCCGCUGCUCAGGCUCCGAGGAUUACCGCAGCAGGUUCAGCAGUGAGUGCUUCAUGGACCUCGUGUGCCCUGAGAGGUGCCGCUGUGAGGGUACCAUCGUGGACUGCUCCAACCAGAAGCUGGCCCGCAUCCCAAGCCACCUCCCCGAAUACGUCACUGACCUGCGACUGAACGACAAUGAGAUAUCUGUUCUCGAGGCCACUGGUAUCUUCAAGAAGUUGCCCAACCUGCGGAAAAUAAACCUGAGUAACAAUAAGAUCAAGGAGGUGAGAGAGGGUGCCUUCGAUGGAGCGGCCAGCGUGCAAGAGCUGAUGCUGACCGGGAACCAGCUGGAAACGCUGCACGGACGCAUGUUCUGGGGCCUCAGCAGCCUCAAGACCCUGAUGCUGAGGAGUAACCUGAUCAACUGUGUGAGCAAUGACACAUUUGCUGGCCUGAGUUCAGUGAGGCUGCUGUCCCUCUAUGACAAUCGGAUCACCACCAUCACCCCUGGAGCCUUCACCACCCUUGUCUCCCUGUCUACUAUAAACCUCCUGUCCAACCCCUUCAACUGCAACUGCCACCUGGCCUGGCUGGGCAAAUGGCUGAGGAAGAGGAGGGUCGUGAGUGGGAACCCCCGGUGCCAAAAGCCGUUCUUCCUCAAGGAGAUCCCCAUCCAGGAUGUGGCCAUCCAGGACUUCACCUGUGAAGGCAAUGACGAGAGUAGCUGCCAGCUGGGCCCACGCUGCCCCGAGCAGUGCACCUGUGUGGAGACGGUGGUCCGGUGCAGCAACAGGGGGCUACACGCCCUCCCCAAAGGCAUUCCCAAGGACGUGACUGAACUGUACCUGGAAGGAAACCACUUAACAGCCGUGCCCAGGGAGCUGUCCACCCUCCGACACCUGACACUUAUCGACCUGAGCAACAACAGCAUUGGCGUGCUGACCAACUACACCUUCAGUAACAUGUCCCACCUCUCCACCCUGAUCCUCAGUUACAACCGGCUCCGGUGCAUCCCCGUCCACGCCUUCGACGGCCUGCGGUCUCUCCGAGUGCUGACCCUGCACGGCAACGAUAUUUCCAGCGUUCCCGAAGGCUCCUUCAGUGACCUGACAUCUCUUUCCCAUCUGGCACUGGGGACCAAUCCGCUCCACUGUGACUGCGGUCUGCGCUGGCUGUCGGAGUGGGUGAAGGCGGGGUACAAGGAGCCUGGCAUCGCCCGUUGCAGUAGUCCCGAGUCCAUGGCCGACAGACUCCUGCUCACCACCCCCACCCACCGAUUCCAGUGCAAAGGGCCAGUGGACAUCAACAUUGUGGCCAAGUGCAAUGGCUGCGUCUCCAGCCCGUGCAAGAACAACGGGACGUGCAGCCAGGAUCCCGUGGAGCUGUACCGCUGCACCUGCCCCUAUGGCUACAAGGGCAAAGACUGCACCGUGCCCAUCAACACCUGCAUCCAGAACCCCUGUCAGCACGGAGGCACCUGCCACCUGAGCGAGAGCCACAAGGAUGGGUUCAGCUGCUCCUGCCCUCUGGGCUUCGAGGGCCAGCAGUGUGAGAUCAAUCCAGACGAUUGCGAGGACAACGACUGUGAGAACAAUGCCACCUGCGUGGACGGGAUCAACAACUAUGUGUGCGUCUGCCCUCCUAACUACACGGGUGAGCUGUGUGACGAGGUGAUUGACCACUGCGUGCCCGGAAUGAACCUCUGUCAGCACGAGGCCAAAUGCAUCUCCCUGGACAAAGGAUUCAGGUGCGAAUGUCUCCCCGGCUACAGCGGGAAGCUUUGCGAGGUGGACGACGACGACUGUGUGGCCCACCGGUGCCGCCACGGGGCCCAGUGCGUGGAUGCGGUCAACGGCUACACGUGCAUCUGCCCCCAGGGCUUCAGUGGGCUCCUCUGUGAGCAGCCCCCACCCAUGGUCCUGCUUCAGACCAGUCCCUGUGACCAGUACGAGUGCCAGAAUGGGGCCCAGUGCAUCGUGGUGCAGCAGGAGCCGACCUGCCGCUGCCCCCCAGGCUUUGCCGGCCCGAGGUGCGAGAAGCUCAUCACCGUCAACUUCAUAGGCAAAGACUCCUACGUGGAACUAGCCUCCGCCAAGGUCCGGCCGCAGGCCAACAUCUCCCUGCAGGUGGCCACAGACAAGGAUAACGGCAUCCUUCUCUACAAGGGAGACAACGACCCCCUGGCGCUGGAGCUGUACCAGGGUCAUGUGAGGCUCGUCUAUGACAGUCUGAGCUCCCCACCAACCACGGUUUACAGUGUGGAGACAGUGAAUGAUGGGCAGUUUCACAGCGUGGAGCUGGUGAUGCUAAACCAGACCCUGAACCUGGUGGUGGAUAAAGGAGCCCCGAAGAGCUUGGGAAAGCUCCAGAAGCAGCCGGCAGUAGGCAUCAACAGCCCCCUCUACCUCGGAGGCAUCCCCACCUCCACGGGCCUCUCGGCCCUGCGCCAGGGCACGGACCGGCCACUGGGGGGCUUCCACGGCUGCAUCCACGAGGUGCGCAUCAACAACGAGCUGCAAGACUUCAAGGCCCUCCCGCCACAGUCCCUGGGAGUGUCACCGGGCUGCAAGUCCUGCACCGUGUGCAAGCACGGCGUGUGCCGCUCCGUGGAGAAGGACAGCGUGGUGUGUGAGUGCCAUCCAGGCUGGACCGGCCCGCUGUGCGACCAGGAGGCCCGGGACCCCUGUCUGGGCCACAGCUGCAACCAUGGGAAGUGUGUAGCAACCGGGACCUCAUAUGUGUGCAAGUGUGCAGAAGGCUACGGCGGGGCCACGUGUGACCACAAGAAUGACUCCAGCACCUGCUCCACCUUCAAGUGUCACCAGGGGCAGUGCCAUUUCUCAGAUCGAGGGGAGCCCUACUGCUUGUGCCAGCCUGGCUUUAGUGGGGAGCACUGCGAGCAAGAGAGCCCGUGCCUGGGGGAGGUAGUCCGAGAGGUGAUCCGCCGCCAGAAAGGUUAUGCCUCGUGUGCCACAGCCUCCAGAGUGCCCAUCAUGGAAUGUCGUGGGGGCUGUGGGCCCCAGUGCUGCCAGCCCACCCGCAGCAAGCGGCGGAAAUACGUCUUCCAGUGCACCGACGGCUCCUCGUUCGUGGAAGAGGUGGAAAGACACUUAGAGUGCGGCUGCCGCCAGUGUUCCUAAGGCCAUCUGCCCACCUGCCCCCCACCUCUCUGACUCCAGCUUCGUGGGGGCUGGGACAGCCAUGUGGGACCCCCUCGAGAUUCGAGGUGAAGAAGCAAAAG